AUGGCUUUCCAAUUAUUUUCAAUUUUCAUAAUCGCUUCGAUUUUCUUUCUUCUUCCGCCAUCCAUUUCUGCCGGCCUUGUCGCCAAACCCGGAUGCCCGGACCGGUGUGGGAAGCUAUUGAUUCCAUAUCCAUUUGGAGUCGGGUCGGAUUGCUCCCUCGAUCCGUCUUUCAACAUCAGUUGCAUAAAUUCCACUUCCACGGGUCCUCCAAAAGCGUACAUCACAAUUCUUGAUAAAGAAGUGAUCGAAAUAAACGAAACUUACGUUCGGGUCAAGUACCCCAACUUUGUAGCGUCCGCUUGCUACGGCUUGCCAGAAACUGAGCCGCACGGUGCGGCCUUGAAUCUGUCGGGAACUCAGUACACGCUGUCGUCGGAGAACUGGCUGACCGCCAUCGGCUGCGAUGAUAUGGUGCUCGGGACUGACCAGCCGAACGGGAUUUUGGUGGGGACUGAGCAGACGAACGGGAGCUUGGUGGGGAGCAGCUGCGCCACGCUUUGCGGCGAGGGGAAUCACACCGGCGGCGUUGGGUAUUGCCCGGAUGGCGGGUUUUGGUCGGUGCUCGGUAAUGGCUGUUGCCGUGCCCCUAUUACCGGAGGCAGCACUUUCCUAAGAGCACAAUUAACUGACCUAAGUGGAGCAUUGGCACGUGGUAGGGUUUUCCCAUGCAGCUAUGCCUUUAUCCAGGAGACAGGAUUUGUAUUUGACAGUGGAAAUCAAUCUGUAUUUUCGUAUAAGUUGGAGUUUCUACAGAAUAACUCCAAGGCAUUCUCAGAUGAGUUUAUGGAGACGUCGAUGGCACCGGUGGUGCAGCUAAAUUGGCGGAUUGGGAACAAGAAUUGCAGUCAGCAGCUGCCCAAUGAUCCUAGCUAUGCAUGUAGAGAUAGGAGUAUUUGUUGGGAUGAAUAUGAUGUUGAUGGAUACUAUUGCAUCUGCUUUCAAGGAUACAAGGGCAAUGCUUAUCUCAACGGAGGAUGCCAAGCAUAUUCCCUACCGGUGGCUAAACCUGGAUGCCUGGAUCAAUGUGGGAAUUUAUCGAUUCCAUAUCCAUUCGGAAUAGGGCCAAAUUGCUACAUGGAUCCGUCUUUCGAGAUCAGCUGCAAUGUCACCACCAACCCCCCCAAAGCAUACCUCUCCAUUCUCAAUGCAGAAAUCUACGACAUUAAUGAUCAAUCUCAGGUUAGGGUUAAUUACCCGAAGGUAGCCUUCGCCUGCUACAAUUUGUCAGAGAGCCGAAGCUUGAUCAUUGAUUUGACAGCAACUCAGUUUACACUGUCGACGCUGAAUGUGCUCACCGCCCAUGGCUGCGACGACAUGGCGGUGGCCUAUGGAAAAUCCAACAACACAAGUUUUGUAGGGGGAAGCUGCGCCGCCUUGUGCACCCGCUCCAGCGAUCAAGGCGAAUAUGGUUCUUGCGCAACAUCCUACGUGACAUAUGCAGAUUUUAAGAGGUAUAUGCCCGGGAAUGGCUGUUGCCAGUCCCCCAUUUCUAGAGGUAUCGCUUACUUGGAAGCAAAUUUGACAGACUUAAGUGGACAAUGGCGUAGGAAGCUAUACCCUUGCAGCUACGCUUUCGUCUCAGAGAAGACUUCAUAUUAUUUUGGUGGUUACCCACUGGAAUAUCUUAGCAACUCAACUGCACCACUCGAAGAUUAUAAUUAUUUUCUGGCCGUAGUGGUGUUAGAUUGGAGGAUUGGGAAAGAGAAUUGCAAUGUAGCACAAACAAAGGCUACUACUUUUGGUUGUAAGGGCAAUACAAGUUGUGUUGAUUUUGAUGAAAAUGCUGGAGGCUACAUCUGCCGAUGCUUGGAAGGAUACCAAGGCAAUCCUUACCUUGGACUAGGAUGUCAAGAUAUUGAUGAAUGUGGUGAUAAUACAACAAAUCCAUGCAAUUCAAAUUCGAUUUGCACCAAUACUCCUGGUUCUGUCACCUGUGUGUGUCCAAGAGGAUUUUAUGGUGAUGGAAGGAAAGAUGGCAAAGGAUGUAUUGAGGUCACACAAUCCAAGUCCAAGAGCAUAAUCUUGACAGGUAUGGGAUCUGCAUUAGGGUUUAUACUAUUCCUCCUUAUGUCCUUUGGGAUGUAUAAGAUGCUGAAAAAGAGAAAGCAAAAAAUGGUUAAAGAGAAGUUCUUUAAACGAAAUGGUGGUCUUCUCCUACAACAGCAAACUAAUGAAGGGGCACUUGGAAAAACAAAAGUUUUCCCCUCACAAGAGCUGGAGUUCGCUACAGAUUACUUUAAUGAAAGUCGGAUUCUCGGACGCGGAGGGCAAGGCACGGUCUACAAAGGAAUGUUGUCCGACGGCAAGAUUGUGGCGGUCAAGAAAUCAAAGUUGGUCGAGGAGAAUCAACUGGAACAGUUCAUAAAUGAGGUGGUGAUACUGUCACAGAUCAAUCACAGAAAUGUGGUCAAAUUGCUCGGCUGUUGUUUAGAGACUGAGGUUCCUCUCCUUGUUUAUGAAUUCAUGCCAAAUGGGACUCUUUUUGAGCUCAUUCACGAUCCAAAUAAUGAAUUUCCGAUCUCGUGGAGCAUGCGUUUGAAGAUCGCAUCAGAUAUAGCAGGGGCACUAGCCUACUUACAUUAUGCAUCUUCCGUGCCUAUCUAUCAUCGAGAUAUCAAGUCCAGUAACAUCCUUUUAGAUGAAAAAUAUGUAGUCAAGGUAUCGGAUUUCGGAACUUCAAGGUCGGUUAAUGCAGAUCAGACUCAUUUGACUACUAUGGUUAAAGGGACGUUCGGAUAUUUAGAUCCAGAGUAUUUUCAGUCGAGCCAAUUCACAGAAAAGAGUGAUGUGUAUAGUUUUGGAGUAGUUAUUGUCGAGCUCCUAACCGGGCAAAGGGCGAUAUCUAUGGGGAAAACAGACGAUGACAGAAGCCUAGCAACACGAUUUCUUACAUGCAUGGAAGAAAAAUGCCUUGACAAAAUUUUAGAUCCUCAAGUUUUAGAGCAAGGUAGGAUGGAAGAAGUGCUUUUAGUUGCAAGGCUUGCGCAGAGGUGUUUGAAUCUGAAAGGGAAAAUGAGACCAACAAUGAAAGAAGUUUCAACAGAAUUGGAAAGUUUUAGGAUAUCUCAUAUGUCCUGUUCAACUUUGAAAGAAGAAUUUGAGGAUGAGACAGACAUUGAAGUUAAGCCCAUAUCACUUUCAGAUAUUGAAUACUCAUGGACAGCCAGUUACAAGAGUCCCUCUGCUUCAUCCUCAGACGCACAUCCCUUAAUGUGA